AUGUCUUUCGAUCGCUUAAACUCUUUGGAGGCUCAGCCUACCAUGCGCCGUGAUGAGGACCCACAGUACCGCGAUGAUCCUGCAUUCGACCAACUGGCCGAGUCACUAGGGAACCAGAUAUUCACUUUGACCUCCAACAUCUCGCGCCUAUCGAAUCAAAUCGCCCUUCUCGGGACAAAGCGUGAUACAGAGCGGGUGCGCGAGCGAGUUCAUAAUAUCCUAGAAGAAACCAGAGCAGGUUUCAAGGAUGUCGGCGAAGGGAUCAAGAAACUCCAGACUUGGGAGGAUGUCAACCCCUCUCAGAAAUGGACCCAGCAGAAGCUCUCAUCCCAAUUUAAAGCCAACUUAGACGAAUUCCAGACCGUCCAACGUAGUGCCUUGGAAAAGCAGCGUGCUUCGACUGUAGCCGCCCGGGCAGCGAUGGGAGACGGAGACGCCCUUGUGACGGAUGAUGAUGUUCAGCUUCAGCAGCAGCAGCUACAAGAACAGCCUCAACUAGCCGACCAAGGCGAAGUCGAUUUCCAAGAAACCUUGAUCAUUGAGCGAGAAGCCGAGAUCCGAAACAUUGAACAGAGUGUUGGGGAGCUUAAUGAGCUAUUUCGUGAUGUUGCUCAUAUUGUCCACGAACAGGGAGGCCAGCUCGACAUCAUUAGCGAAAAUGUCGAAAACGUCACCCACGACACGCGCGGUGCAAAUGUUGAACUACGCAGUGCCAGCCGGUAUCAGAAGAAUGCGCGCACCAAGGCUUGCUGCUUACUAGUCAUUCUUGCUGUCAUUUUAGCCAUCAUUGUGCUUGCGGUUGUCCUCGGAUAG